UUACAUAUUAUACUCAAUAUAUUUCUAAACAGUAACUAGGUAUCUUAUAAACUAUUUUGCCUUAAUUUCUCUAUUCCUAAGCCAUAAAUAAGAAGUCGUUUAUGAUUGGUUUAAUAUUUAAGGGAAGAAAGAUCGUGGGAGAAACAAAUCUAGUCCAAAUUUAUUGACCCAACUAAUCGAAGUUGUUAUACACACACGUAUCUACGACACAUACUUACAUGUUAUUACUGUUAUUGUUGUUGUCGUUACAAUUCAGGAAAUUUAUUUUACUACCACGAUCAUUGUAAAUUAGAUAUAAACAUUUAUUUUACAUGUACGUAGUUUUUUGUUUUGUCUUGUGAAUGCAUGUAGUUUAAACUUGUGUUUUAAGUGGAUUUUCUAAAACAAUUAAAUGAUAAAAAGAAAUUCAAUGGUUUAUUGAAACUAUUUCUGAUCAAACUAUUUAUUCUUGUACAGACACUUUUUUUACAAAAAAAAUUUACUCAGUUAAAGGAAUUAUGCAUAUCAUCAGACCAGAUAUAACAUAUCACAAGUUUUCUCUGUACAAUAACAUUUGAAUAAAUUCAGAAAAACAAAAGUAUAUUUUAAUGUUUAUUAUAAAUAUCAUCUAUUUAGUCGUUUUUCAAAUAAAUUUUAAUCAAUUUUUAAUAUGGAACAACCAAAAUUCUUAACUGGAUGGACACCAGUUGUUAGAACAUUUGUCAAUAGUAAUAGAGCUGUUAAAGCAUUAUGGGCUCUUUUUGCAACAUGUAUGGUGAUAGCAUUAGUUAGCUCUGUUAGUGUAGUCAUACAUAAAUAUUUAACUUAUGUAACAGUUGUUCGAUUAGAUCAAAGAGGUCCAAAAGAUGGUGUUCCUCCUCCAGCAGUAACUAUAUGCUUAAAUGAACAUCAAACCAAAUAUCUUCAUUCAGAGUAUUAUAAAACAGAUUCUAAAUUGAAUAUUGUACAAGGAGCAACUAAAUCUUGUCAUCUUAAAUCUGGAAUCAUAUGGGAUUCUAGGGUUGAUGCCAUUUCAAAAUUCUAUAACUAUACAAAACAUUUCCAAGUAACAUUUCGUACUGAACCACCUGGAUGCUAUUCACUUAAUGUUAUGGAACAAGUUCCAUGGCCUCCUGAUUCAAUUUGUACUACAUUUCAAUUGGUACAAGUUGGACUACUAAAUACAACAUUCUGGAAAAUAUUUCACACGGAUGUCAGGUUAACUGAAGUGAAUCAAACAUUACUCGGUCGACCAUUAAUCAUUACACAUGAAACAAACAGUUUCCCGUUUGAUAAUUACGGUCGUUAUUUAUAUGAAUACAUGAAUCCUGGGUCAUUAUUAAAUGUAUUCUAUAGCAAGAGCAUAACUAAACGAUUAAAUACUCGUCGAAAUCCAUGUACUUCAAAGCCAAUUAAUUUAUUAGGUAACAGUUUCGAUUAUGAUCAAAUCACAUGUCAGUGGCAUACGGUUUGUGCACGAUACAACAAAGAAUGUAAUUGUACAUGCCCUUUGGAAUUACUUCGUCUUCGAUUGGAUCGUGAAAUCAAAAGUAGAGCUUCGAAUAAGUCAUUCUUUUUGAACACUGAUCAUAACCGUCAACAAUAUCGAUCUAAAAAUUAUUGUCCACCUAAUUGUCAACUUGACUAUCGUAUAGCCUUUGUGAAUAACUCUAUAUGUCCAUUGGCAUGUCGUACAGUAACUUAUAAAAAGUUAAAUGAA